AUGUCUUUCAUCUCCCUCGUCACUUUUGGGAUACUUCUCAGCCCAUGCUUAGCAAAUUUUCACAUAAUGAGUUGUGAGGCCGCGGGUGGGCUCGGAAGUCAAACAUAUCAGGAUGCGGCCGCUAUUACCCUAAAUUCUAACACAUAUAACUGUGCCGGACUAUCUAACGCCGCUUACCUCGGCAACUGGAAUGGACGCGGUCAUGCGCCUUCAUUUAUGUCGACAGACCAGGGUAAAACAUGUGGUUACGAUCUCAACUUCUAUUCAGAGGGUCAAAAUUUCGGGUUCUACAAGAGUGGUGGUAACGGCCAGAAAUUGGGUGAUUGUUAUCCGGACUCUGGUGGCGAGUUACGUUGUCCUAUCGUCGCUGUACAUUAG